GAGGUCUGUGCAGUGUUGAAGAAGACUCAACGGCUGGGCAUUAUGGAAGUCUUCGUAUUACGGAUUGAAGAUCCAGGUUGCUUUUGGGUUACUAUGAAAGGAUGUGGGCCUCAUGUAGUUGAUGAAAUAGAGUAUAAAAAGCUGAACGCAGAAAUGACUCAGUUCUAUGACAAAGCUUGUGAAGAUGAAGUAAAGCCAAUAACAUUAGAAAAAGACCAGCUUUGUGUGGUUUUCAGCGAGGAGCUGAAGUGCUGGUGUAGAGCAGUUGUUAAGACGAUCAUGUACUGUGCAGACCAUUAUCAAAUAGAAUGUUUUCUAGUGGAUUAUGCAAAGUAUGUUUUUGUUAAAUCAAAACAUGUUCGAGUUGCAGUGGAAGAAUUUAUGCAAAUCCCAUUUAGAGCAAAAAAAUGUGGAUUGUAUCGCACAAAGCCUGUGACCUUGCAUGUCAACCUCUGUGAAGAUACAGCAAAAAUAGUACCAGCCAAAAGAUGGGAUAAUGCUGCUACGCGGUAUUUUCAAAGUCUUCUGGAAGCAACUACACAAAUCAAAGCGAAGUUAUGUUCUGUGGAAGAUGAUACAUUUCAUGUUAUUCUUUAUGUGACAAUAGAAGAUGAAAAGGUAUGCAUUAAUGAUGAUCUUGUCUUAAAGAAGUUUGCUCAUUUUGAGGAAGCUAAAGAGAAUGUUCAAAGUCCAACGAAAGAACAAGAUAACCAGACAUCUUUAAAUGUUGAUUCUCCUCCAGUAGAAAUUGUUAAUCCAGCACUUGCUUUCAGGCUAGUGUGGUUGCAAGAGAAUGUACCAAUGAAACUUGAAGCAGGCCAUACUGCUUCUAGUUCCUCUCUUGAAAAGACAUACAAAAGAUCAAACAUGGAUCUCAAUGAAAAUAAUGAAUCUGUGAUUUAA